CUCCCAUCCAAUGCCCGGCAUCCUUCAAGCCCGAGAGUUUGGGUCCAUCUCGGUUGCGUCUCUGGUCCACAUGCAAGGCUAAAUGUCGGUGUGCCCACUUGUGCUUCCACUGCGACUGCGGGUGCAGAGAAGUCCGCCUAAAGGGAUCAAUUCCUCUCCCCUUGGCGCUCCGCGGCCUGUCUGCCUGAUUGCGGCCUGUAGGAAUUUGCGGUCUGCGUUUGCAUAUUUUCCCUUCCCCGUCCUCCCCCAUGCUGCCUGCCGGUGUGUAAUCCAUUCCCGGUCCUGUUCGGGUGAGACGCAGGACAGCGGCCAUACGUGGCAUCGACUAUGCGGUCAUCUCGUCCGGUUAGCUACCAGUCCUUUCCGGGUUCCUGUCGUAUCCCAUGUACGGGACGUCCAAAAUCGUCUGGAUCAGGCGUAAUUGGAAGCAGGCUGUCCACCGUCGUGUCCACUCGCUCAAUAGGUCUUCGUGGGGAAUCCGGCUGGGCUACGACAUGCAGCACCGCUUUGAGCAAUCGCCCAAUCAAUGUCCACAGCCCCAUACGGCGUGCCGUGGGCGCGUCUCGAGACGUUGAUAUUGGCUGCUUAUCUGGUGAUAGCCAGGUCACUGGCUGUGCGUUUAGUAGACGAGGAACGAACCAUUGUAGCCGCACAAACCUCCGAACACUGCGGCGGACUCCAGUCUGGUUAGGUAUUUACGGCAACACGCAGCUUGGACUCGUCAGGCGGGGCCCACCAGCUUUUCAUUGCAUACCUACUAUCGUGUUGGACAUUCCGUAUCUACACAACACAGACAGCAAACCCAACCCCCAAGAAAAAAAAAAGGAAAAAAACCAAUGUACUUUACAUGAACGAGGUACUCAAAUUCAUACGAAUGAGGCAAUCAGGGUUAGCGAGGCGGGUGUACUCGUUAGAUCUCCGUCCCUAUUUCAACGCUUGGAUUUGAGGUAGCGGUUAGCCUAAUCUUGGUAUCCAAGAGAGUACCACGGUUUAGUGAUCGUAACUAGGCCGAUGCGCAUAAUUCUGCUCUAGUUCGGAACAGAUGGCGUAGAACAGCAUAGAUGAUCGCCACCGGCCAAACAGGAGCCUGCGGUCGAGGCGCACACGUUUGAUCCAGUGUCGAGCCAGGCUCAUUUCCCUGUAUGC